AUGGUGGGGGAGGGGGUACAGCAUGCCUCGUUUCUUGUUUACCAUAAUUGCCUGCCCAUCCCUUUGACUGUCUCCGUCGUCCAUGCUUUGUGCACGAGGGAGGAGAGACGGGCAUUGUGGAGUGCUCUGAUGAGAGACAAGCCUUUGCAUGAGCCAUGGUUUGUUGGUGGGGACUUUAACGUUGUGGUUGAUGCGGGGGAAAAGGAAGGAGGACUGCCUUUUCGUUUAUCGGAGGCGCUCGAUUUCUUGGACUUCAUGUCCUCUGCGGAGUUGUUUGAUGCUGGUUUCUUUGGUUCAUCGUAUACAUGGUGCAAUAAUUGCAUGGGUCGGGCAAGAAUUUGGAAGCGUUUGGACCGGCUCUUAAUUAAUGCCUCAUGCCAUGAUGCUGGACUCGUAGUGUUCGUCUCCUAUUUAGCUAGGGACCCCUCAGAUCACUCCUCUCUUUUGUUCUCUGUCAGGACACGGGUGGAUGGGAAGCCCCGCCCUUUUUGUUUUAUAAAUGUGUGGACAUCCUAUGUUGGCUUUAGGGAUGUGGUUCAAGCAUCCUGGCAGAAAGGGUAUUCCGGUUUUCCUCUCCAAAUAGUUUGUUCUAAGUUGUCCCGUCUAAAAGCGAAUAUAAAAAGUUGGAAUAAACAGUCCUUUGGUAACAUAUUUGGUAAUACAAGGCGGGCAGAGGAGGUGGUACUUGUAGCGGAGAAGCGGGUAGAGGAGGAUGGGUCAACUGAAACCCAGGAGGAUUUACUGUGA